GGACAAGCCGCCCCCUGCCCUUUUUGCAAUUUAUAAGGUUGUCCCGACGGUCAUAACGGCAUCAUUCUCCGGCCACGUCUAUCCACCUUCGACGCAGACACCCGGUCGCGAUCGGCAUCACACAAUCUGUCUCUGAAUCCAUCAAAUAAAACAAAAGACCGACUGUUUUUCCGCUGUUUUUUCUUCUUCUGGGUCGGAAAUCACAAUGGGAAUAGGUAUUUACGGAUCAAAAGCUCGGAUCUUGUAGAAAAAUGGUUCGGAGAACUAUCGCUUUGAAUCGGAUGUGAAACAUGGAACUGAAAGCUGGGAAAGAAGCUGAUUGCAGCACAGAGUCGAAGUCGAAGACGGAGAGAUGGUGUUGGCGGUUACUUCUGUUAUUAACCCUCUCUCUGCUAGCAGCAAUGGUUUCACUUACUCUUGUACAGUAUUUCAAGCACUGGAAAUCAAGCAGGGGCUCGGGUCACCAUGGCGCCAUCGUACCAAAAUACUCCGAAGCUCUUCAGAUCUCCAUGCAGUUCUUCGAUGCCCAGAAAUCUGGUAAGCUGGUGGAUAACCCCAUUCCGUGGCGAGGGGAUUCGGGCCUCCAAGACGGGAGUGAGGAAGAUUUGGAUUUGUCAAAGGGACUGUAUGAUGCAGGUGAUCUCAUCAAGUUUGGCUUUCCCAUGGCUUUCACUGCAACUGUGUUGUCUUGGGCGAUUCUUGAAUACGGAGACCGAAUGAAAGCUGUGAAGCAGUUGGAUCAUGCCCAUGACUCACUUAAGUGGAUCACUGAUUACCUAAUCAAUGCACAUCCUUCUCCAAAUGUGCUUUAUGUUCAGGUGGGUGAUCCCGAGUUGGAUCACAGGUGUUGGCAGAGACCGGAAGUAAUGACAGAGAAAAGGCCUCUGAUUCAAAUCAACACAUCCUUCCCAGGAACAGAUGUUGCAGCAGAAACUGCAGCUGCCAUGGCAUCGGCAUCUCUGGUGUUCAGGAAAAUCAACUCCUCUUACUCUAAGUUGCUCCUGACGCACGCCGAGCAGCUGUUUUCUUUUGCUGAUACUUAUAGAGGUGCUUAUAGUGUCAGCAUUCCCCAAGUGCAAAUCUACUACAACUCUACAGGAUAUGGAGACGAACUCUUAUGGGCAGCUACCUGGCUCUAUCAUGCAACUAAAGACCCAACCUACUUCAAAUAUGCAACCGAACAGAACGGGCCAGCGUUUGCAAAUUGGGGAAGUCCGUCUUGGUUUAGCUGGGAUGACAAGCAUGCUGCAACUCAGGUUCUGAUGUCUAGGAUAAGUUUCUUUGGCACAAAAGACAUGUCAUCUGCAGAGAACAUUGAUCUUCAGGAAUACAGGGAAACCGCAGAGGUUUUCAUGUGUUCACUUCUACCCGAUUCCCCCAUGGCGACAUCCAGCAGAACAUCCAGCGGUCUGAUUUGGGUGAUAAAAUGGAACUGUCUACAGUAUGCUGUGGCUUCAGCAUUUUUAGCCAUUCUCUAUAGUGACUACAUGCUCACAUCUAAAACCGAAAUGCUGUAUUGCGAUGGAAAAUCCUACAAUCCUGUUGAUCUUCGCAAGUUUGCCAUCUCUCAGGCAGAUUAUGUGCUAGGCGAAAACCCAAUGAGGAUGAGCUACCUUGUAGGGUACGGAAGCAGCUACCCUCAAUAUGUUCACCACAGGGGAGCUUCAAUUCCAGUGGAUGCAGAAACCGGCUGCAGUGACGGGUUUAAGUGGCUGGACUCACCCAAUCCCAACCCAAAUGUAGCUGUUGGUGCCCUAGUUGGUGGCCCAUUCAUGAAUGAGACCUACAUUGAUUCCAGGAACAAUUCAAUGCAAGGUGAGCCAAGCACUUACAAUAGUGCCCUUAUUGUGGCACUCCUAUCAGGCUUAGUUACCACUUCUCCAGUGGCCAAGAGUUUCUCAUAGACACACAAGAUUUUGUGUGGCCCCUCUUGAUGCGGGGCUCUAGGUGGUUGUUUCUUAUGGUUACACUCAAGGCCGGCCCUUUUUUUGUAUAAUAUGUAGCAUGUAGGUUUGAUUAUAUAUGUUCGAGUGAUAUUGUAAUAUAGUUCAAACUAGGGGAGGAGAUCCGAAUUGGAGUGCAAAAGAAGGCACUGCUCUAGCCGGCCAACUUGGUUACGCCGGGUUUGCGCUCGUACGGUAUCUUUUUAGUAAUUCAGGGGGAGAUAUAGGUGAUUGAUCUCAUGCUGGUUUUAGCUAGCAGGAACACCAGACUGGGAUUUGCCCAUUUCCCUGAUGUGAAAAUAUUGAGUUGUGACUUGAUUUAUCAUUGUUGUCAGAUGUUCUCUUUGUAAUUGUUGAUUAAAAAUUGUCACAAGAACGAAUAAUUCACUCAACACA